UCAUGCCCCGCCUCAGAUGGUGUCGUUUACCAAAUAAACACUGGCUCUACAUUCCUCAUUGAAUGUGGAAUAGAUCACUACGGUGGUGACUUGGAACUCAGCUACCCUGGAAGCUUCGGCGCUUGUAUCGCAGCAUGCGAUAACAACCCUCAAUGCGUUGAU